ACCUCUAGGCCUUGUACUAAAUUGCGCACGUUUCAAAGCCAUGCGAAGAAUGUUUUAAACUUGGCGCGCGCUGGAACGUGUUGCUGUCACCAAAGUCACGAGAUUUAAAGAAAUGCAGGAAAUAUUUCCAAGCUCAAGUGCGUUUGUAUUCACCCCGUCUACUGAAUCAAAAACAACUGGCUACAAGUUAGCAACAUAUGCCACAUAAUGGCUUGAGAGGAAGAGGACACUGCAAAUGGAUUGAGUGGCUUUUAUUUCAUUGAAUAUACCAAUACGUGACAGCUAUCGAAAUUCGAUACGAUUGCAUACCAUUGUAUCGGAUACAGCCACGCCAUUUUGUGUACCGACAGAGACACAUUCAAAAGAUUUUCCGGCGUUGACUGCCCAUAUCUAACGCUCUUCAAACAUCCUGUUUGUCUGUGGCUUCUAUCAUGCCUUCCAUAAGUCCUGUUCAUUCGCUAAGUCCAGAUCAUGACAAGGAAUCGAAAGAGGAAGAUGAUCAAACCUCCGAAAUUUCCGGCCAUUUAAAAUCACGGUUCUCUCCCAGUUCGACGUUCAGCGAGAGACUAAAAGCCGCCCGGAAACUGAUCCCUUCGUACCCUGGUAAAGCAAAGCUAGUUCGAUCAGUGAGUGAGAGCAGCACUUUGGCGACGAAGACGGACGAAGAGAGAAUACAUAUUAGAGCAGAAAAUGAAAGUUGCGCAACGAGUCAAGAUUUUGGGACGUUUUUCCGGGAGCACGCCAUCAUGGUUGAAUACAAGUGUAUGGGAAGAAAUCCUCUCUCUGGAGUUUAUGUAAUACCAUCACUGAAGUCAUUACAAGUCUGGCAUGGAGUCAUAUUUGUCAGAGCUGGGCCUUACAGAGAUGGCAUCUUCAGGUUUAUAAUUAUUCUCCAAGAUGAUUUUCCUGAUAGUCGACCUCUUCUGAAAUUGACCACACCUUUAUUUCAUCCACAAGUUAAUCCAGUGAAUGGUGUCCUCAAUCUGGAUGAGUCAUUUCCUCAGUGGGAAAGGGGUAAAAACAGCAUAUGGCAAGUCCUAAAAUUUAUGAAAAGUUGCUUCUAUAGCAUAGACACCUGGGGUGCAACAAAUGAAGAAGCUGUUGAUCUAGUACAUAAUAGCUUUGAAGAAUUCAAAGAAAGAGCUCAGCAAAGUGCAUCAGAAGCCUUAGAUUUAUUUGAUUCUGAGGUGAAACAAGACAGCAGCUCAGAUGACGACGGAAAUGUGUUGCGGCAGAAGAAUCUCAGUGACUUGGCAUUCAUGGAAGGCAAACGAAUGAUGCUAGCUGGGGAACACACUUUCUUUGAUAUCAGAGAUCCACUAUUCUGAAGAAAAAGCAAAGUAGAGGUGUAUUCUUUAUAUAUCCAACAGAAGUGUGAUAUAUUGCAAAUUUUAAAUUGAAAUGGAAAUAAUUAUAUGAACUACUUCAGUGUGGCAUAUCACAUAAUUAUGCCUGAAAUGCCAAAUGUGUAUAGUCAUGAACAAGUUUGUAUUUCAAGGUCUAGACAUGCUUGAUGCUGAUUAUUUCUGUAGAUGCCUACAAACAGUCAUAACUAAUUUUAAAAGUUAUACCUCACUUCAUGUGUUUUUACAAAAUACUGUGUAUUCAAUAUACAUUACCCUCUUUGGAGAACUUAAUAAUUACUGCCUCUAAUGAUGCAGAAUAUUGUCAGUGUUUGGCUGCUAGAACUGAAUAAGCAGAGCUUUAUUUUAUGUGGUUAUUGGCACAAUAUUUAUUCAGUGAAACUGUUGUUAGUUUUAAACUUUUUAAAUGUCUCAGUUUUACUUCUGAAGUAUUUCUGAAAUGUACUGAUUUUCACCCCCAAAAUUCAAUAAAGAUUUAUUUAUUACAA